UGUUUUUCUCCCAAAUCGUCAACUAAAAAUCAGCUUCCCUAAUUUUUCAUGCUAUUUAACGUUUUUAAUUUUAGUGAAGUUUCAUUGUAAAGUUAAGUGUUCUUGCAUUCAGCAGUUGGGAGUUUGAAAAAUGUGGUCCAACUUUGAGCUGGUAUCGGUGGAAGACGAAACACUGAACAGUGCCUUCUGUACCAACGGUCUGUUCCGGAUUUCAAGUGAUGAAUUGGUUGAAAAAAAUCCACGCGUCAUCGGAAUCUUACAGAACCGACGUAUGAUACUGUCGAUUGACAAGACGUUGGUUCUGUUCCAGGAUGAAAACCGAUGCAACGAAGGUAAUAUAUUGGAUGUUUCGCACGAUAUCGAGUGCAUUGCGACUUCCGAGAGUGGCGAUCUAGUCAUUUGCGGUUUAUCGAAUGGAACCACUACCGGAUUCCACGUUAAGGGCGCUAAUUUGUUCAGUUUGUCUAUUCACCCGGAUGAUUUUAAUCCGACGGGAAAAACGUUUGCCGAGCUCCGACAGGUCAACGGUAGUUAUUUCAUUCAAUGCAACCGAGGUCCUGUGUACCAAAUCCUGAUCGAUGAAGUGAAGGUGAAUGAAUCGAUGAAACAACUGGACAGCAGCGGAAUGGAUGGUACCUUGAAUUUCGAAGAUUGCAUCGUUGUUAAUCGGAUUUUGGAAAAACACCUACGAGAACCGAUCACCAGUUUUGUACCAAUGGUCAGUUAUGAGUUGGAAAGCGAUUCGACCUAUCCGCUGAUGAUGUCCACGAGCACCGAAUCAAUAUACUUCCAAGGGACCGAAGGGUUUGAGAAGAUUCCAUUGAAGCCAGAGUACUGUGGCAUCAGGAAGGUGUUCAACUUGGUGCAUUGCUACAUCGCUCUGACUUAUAGUGGUCAGCUGUUUGAAAUUUGUCCUAUUACAAGGUUGGCUUUAGAUCUGCAAGUAUCGUACAAAAUUGAUGAUAUUAUUAUCAUGGAAUGUACUUCCGACGUUAUAGAACUGUUACUGCUCACGAAAGCAGACGUAAAUGGGACCCGUUUGAUGAAGAUUGUCGACUUUCCUUCAAUGGAAUGCAAGUACGAGCUUGACAUGCCUGAGCACGUUUGGCUGGUGCAGCAACCGAAAAGCGCUGUUAAUAUCUACUACGUCACUGGCAACGCAUACGACAAGCAGCAGGUUCAGGAAAUCGAAAUGAAGAUUCUCUCCGAAACGCAACCAUCGCUCCGAUUGGACAAGUUGAUCCGCAAGGGUCGACUCGAAGAAGCGGAGGAGUUUGCCAAACAGUUUGAUCUAAGCCUUCAGCUGAUUCAUCAAGCGAAGGUGCGAUGUUUGUUGGCUCAAUUGGCGACCAGUAAGUACCCGGAUGGUGAUGAGCAGCAACAAACCUUCGCCAGAAUGAUGAAUGUUUUGAGCAUGAUUGAUGAUUCGACAUUCUUUGUAACUGUACGAAUGGCUGCCAUCCCUGAGCGGAACAUGAAGAGGCAGUUCCUGCGGUUCCUACUAGAUAAGGUCGAUAAUGGUUGCCAUGAAGCUACGGAAAUCAACGAACAACUUCUCAGGUUGGACACUCUGAAGCUCAUUGAUCCAUAUGAAGUGGAUUCGGAAUGGCAAAACUUUAUCUAUCAUCAAAAUCUCACAAAACAUUGCAUUGAGCUAUUCAAAACUGACAUGCCGGCAGCAUGUCUCAUCUGGUCCAGGCACAUCUCAUCGAUAAUUCUCAACAUGGACGCGUUGAAAAUCAGCAGUCUUCUCAAAUCCAUCCCCGAAGACACGCCUCCGCUUGAUCUGAUUCAGUGGCUGAUGCAUUUUGUGCCACCAAUUCUACAACACCUCCCGCAAAUGAUGCGCAUACUGAUUACCUUUGUUAUUGGAAAAACGAAGGCCCUCCAGUUUGCGCCCUUCUGGCCGAAAGUUGGUCUCACGUUCAUAGACGAUGUCAUUGCGAUUUUCAAAGACGUGAAGUUUCCUAUAAUGGACAUGCGAUUGCAGUAUGAAACGAACAUGGAGGAGAUGCAGCAACUUAGCGAUGCCCUCAAAGACCUCACACUGCUCAAGGAAAGGUUUAACCUGAAUGCAAACAUCGAUGAUUUCCUUCAGGAAACCAAAGAGCAUACGGCCUUUAGAUUGAUGCAAACAGUGCAACUGACGAAUCUCAGACGUAUCGUUGUAGAAUUCCUCUAUCCCAUGUUCGUUGGCCAAGAACCACAGCUGCAGAAUUCCAUCAUCCAAUACAUCCAGUUCCUGAUCUCGAACCAGAACUACAGCUAUUGGGAGGAACGUUGCGUCAUUCUGGUCGAGGUCAUCCAUAACGAAGAUCUCAAACUGAACUGUAUUCUGGAUAUUCUAAAAGCAUCACCCGUUCCGUGGUCGGCCGUAAUUACCCCGCUGGUAAAGUAUGCCAACUCGGACCACCCGAUUGCUGGAAGUAUCCUAAUCGAACAACGUACGCAAAUGGUGAAAAUUAUCAAGGUAAAGUACGGUUGGCCUGUGAAAAGUCAGGAUUGUUUGCGCAUGUUGGCCAAUCGGGUGCUGAAGAUGCGCGACGCCGCCAUGCUAAACGAUAUCAAAGAGUUGACCGAUUCGGCUCCAGAGAUUUCCUACGCCGUGGACAUGAACGUGAUGCUACGACUUGCCGAGUAUAGUGAGUUCGUUUCCGCUGUACGGUACAUCGACGGUCUUGACGAUGAGCGAAGGCAAGAUUGCUGCCGAGGGUUGGUGGAAAUUGUUAUUCAAAUGCUUGAUAGUGGUACUCCUGACGAUCCACACACGGACAACUAUGUCGAGCUGUUGCAGAUGCUCAAAUUUCGAUGUCCUCCAAUGAGUCAAUCCGAGGUCCGGGAAAUGCUAUUUAUUAUAAACCUUCGCAAAGAGUUCCACCUGGAGGUUCGACGAGAGCAUCUGGUCAACGGAGCUGAUCGUCAAAAGCUACUGCACGUCGGUAUAAAGAAUCUACUGCUCAAAAUCAAAGACGAUCGCGUAAAUUUUGUCCCCGCCUUGUUGGGUGGCAUGAAGCGCUUAACACAAGCGCUGAUGUUCGACUUACUGGAAGGUCUGUACGAGGUAUUGAAGAUGGUUGGAAAUGUGCAUGUAAGUUGUGCCGUGUUGGCCAAGGUCGCGGAAAUAAUCGAUCCGGGACGCGAAACGCACGAAAACUUGCACCGUUUGGUGGCAUUGCUAUUGGUUCAUCAAAUGCGGUACUUUGAGGAAUCGCAUGUCAACUGGGAGUUGGAUCCGUUGGCAUAUCCACUGGCAGACAUGCUGCUUAGAAGUUGCUACAACGAAUCAACUUUCACUGAGAUUGUCAAACUGGAACUAUUGCGUUGGGUUCAGUUGGGAAGCCAUUAUUACGAUGUUGACGUUCUGGAGGAGUACAGCAAACGAACAACCUUAUCAGAAAAAGUGUUCAAAAUCAUGUUUGAAACAGCUAAUGGCAAAGAUGCUCCCGCGAGAAGAAGUCACAAACGGGACUCCCUGUCAACCUUCGACAUGGUACAAACGAAAAACGAUGCUACGGAAGUGACCAAACAUUUGGACGACCAGGAAACGAUAAUCAAGUGCAUCGGACAAGCGUUGCAGGUCGUUGUGGGAAGUUUACAAACGGAAAGCAUGGAAUCGCCACAUCGGUACUUCCACGAAUUGAUUGCUCCGAUUGAAGUGGAAACCGUUGCAAUAGAUUUCAAAUCCACCUUGGAAUCCUUGAUCAAACACAAAAAGUAUCCAGCUGCAGUUAAGUUGGUGGAACUGGUCCUAACUUACCAGGAGGCAACAGGAGUUGUUAUUCCACCUGAGUUCGCUGAAAACUUACGACGCAAAUCUCUCAAGUACUUCCUGUCGCAAAAAGAACCCGAUUACAGCAUGGCCGUCUCCAUUCUGUUCAAAUGUGCGUCGCGCGAUAAAUGUUUGGAGUACCUACGGACUAACAUGGUGAAUGAGUCUCAGCGGGCCGCUUUCCAUACUCUGCUAGAGUUCUACUAUAUCAACAUCGGAGAUAUGGAACGAGCAGUCGUGGAACGGGGCCACCGAAUGCGCUUUAACUUCUUCUACGAAUUGUGCAAACUGGACCCUUCGCUAAAGACAAAGAAAACUCUCUCAUUCCACAACAUAUCAGAACUAACUAAGGAGAUGAAGAGCAAAGUGUUGAGCGUAGAGUUGUUGCGCAAAUUGAGUGAGAACUUCUCCUGGGACUAUCAGCAGGUGCUGAUAUCGCAAGUAAUAACCGUGUUGAGCUUGCAGGAACUUGAAUUUGAGGUGCAGCAAGAUGCAUUUGGAAAGGAAGUUGUUGUCAUUAAAACAACCGUAGAAGACAUCCUGAAGCAAUGCCAGGCGUAUAUCAACGAAAUCACAAAUCACGUGCUACUGAGUUCAAAGCUGACGAAAUUCUUGGAAGAAACCAAUUUCUACUUCUACGAAAUGUACCUCAGCGUAUUGGAAAUCUUUUCGCAAAUUAAUCAGAUGCAAGAGGAGCUGAUUAUUUGGGAACGGAUUCUGGUUUACCUCCGAGACGGCCUGACGAUGAAACGCAACCAUCGGGCCGGGCAGAUCGAGCUGGACGCAUGGUUGAAACUUCAACCGGAUGGUGGUAUGCUUCCCAAGAUUGCAAAAUAUCGACUACCAUUCCUGCUGCUCGUACGCCACCCACUGAAAAGUCUACUGAAGGAAGGAAUCACCAUUGAAAAUUACAAAAAGAUCUUGCUGCUUGUGCAGAUGAAAGCACCACUGGAAAACAUGGAUCCAGUGGAGUUGCAGGAUUAUUUCUGCAAAUCUGCAGUUCUCAACUCGAUUUCCGAGUACAAAAUACAAGCGGAGGAGUUGGCUCCGACUGCCGGAUGGCAUCUGCAGCCCGUCAACAAUGCAUUCCUUCAAUCGAUCCUGCGCGUUGUGGACUGCGUUUCGGAUCUAUCCUCCAAGCUGUUCAUCUUGUACUACGUGACUAACAAUGCACCGGAGGGAGCGGACCAGGUAGAGGCUGCGUUCGAAUGUUACAAAUUCGCGUGUCAGCACGAGGAUGCCUUGGCCAACAACGCCGAUACAAAAGAUAAAAUGGAGAAAAUUAUUCGUAAAUAUCCCAUUUAUAAGACACAGCAUUUGCUACUACAGUACGGCAUAAACGACGAUAAAUUGUGUGCACUGGUCAAGAAUCCACAGGAACUAAUCAAUGCUCUCUACAGCGAGACAAUACAACGAAAGGUCGACAUCAACAGCUUGGUUUGCGAGAUUGCAAAGCUUCACCAGCUGGAUAUCGACGCGAUUCAGGUCAGUUUGAUCCAAAAGUGGCUCUCGAUACUCGGACCUAACAACGACUCGAAUGGGAAUAUGGAAGAGACCAUGUACGAAGAUCACAACAUGUCGGUGGAUGAGUCGGACGCCGAUGUUUCGGCUGAUGAGUAUGUUGCCCGAGCUCACUAUAUCCUGAAAAGUUGGAACAAGGAAAAGAGUGUACAGUUCCUCAUUACGCAACUUUGCACCGGAGAUGCCGGAGUGGAUGCCAAAAAGCAGCUGCAGAUCUACGACUGUUUCAGUAAAUUGAUCGACGAUCAAUGCAUGUCGUACGUUGAUGUGUUUAAUCCGAACCAUUACAUCGUGCUAAAAUGCAUCUACUUCCUGAAAUCACUUGGAUUCAACAACUUAACGGUGAGCAAAUUUGAGGAAACCGAAAAAAUGACACUUCUGAAGCGCCUCUGGCAAUCACAUGCUACCAACACCAAGGGGUUAGAAGUGAUCGCUUACAUUUGCCUAGGAUACGACAUCUUCGUACCGCAGAUUUGGAAUGGUGUACUGAAGCAAAUGGCUCGUACCAACAUGUUAAGCCAUCUUACCAUGCUGCUGGAUAUCAUUUCGGCUCGGGAACAACUGAACAACCUGGAAGGCUUCCGGAUGGCUUGGGAAACCAUAAUCAAGGCUCCCUUCCGGAAUGCAAGUCGUGUUAGAUCGUUCGAAGAAGAUGCUGCAUUAGCUAAAUCGUUAAUCAUGCUCCAAAAGUGUCCUAUUUCGUCGUCAUUAAACCUGCUGGAAAUAGCGGAGGUUUGCAACAAUGCGAAUCGAGCUAAUAUGGCUGCAAUCUUGAUACCGUAUGCAAACGAUGACCAAAAAGAUUCGAUUAAAAAGCUCGUUUCGAAUAACUUGGAACCUACUCUGAGACAGCAAAUCCUCGAACUGGAAGAGUUUGGUGUCGCUUCCGUGAUAACCAAAGCCGUGUGCAGUGAGCUCAAUCUCAACAAGUAAUCAUUCAUCGCUCUCAUACCAUCUAAGGUUUUAAUUAUAACCGGUGCUAACGCUGGAGCCAUUCUCAAGAUAUAUUCGCAUAAGUUAGAGUAAAGAUUUUAUUGAAGCGUAA